AUGUCGCUGAAUGUCGACAGCGAGUACCGUCGGGGUCACUCGAGGUCCCGAUCUCGAGAUGAUCGCAAAAGAGACGACAGAGGCCCGGCCGACUCGACAAGCUACGUCUAUCCCGGAGACGACAGCUACCAGAGAUCCAGGAGCCGAAGUGACGUAGGCUCCUCCGCCCCCAACGGCAGUGGCCUACCAUACCCAACCGAAGGAGGGCUGUCAGAAAUGGUCCCGGGAACUCACUACGGCUACGACCCGUCCAUGCCUUCCUACACCUCGGCUCCGACCUCGGGGCCCAUCUACAGCGGGAGCUCGCGUGACCAGGCCACGAGCCAGCCACCUGGCGCAUUCCCGAGCGACGGGCACCAGCUCGAUCCUCACAUCCAGACCGUCGAGCCGCCUGCGUCGAAGAACGACAAGUCCAAGAGCGACCGCCGUUCCCAGUACGGCUCCGCCGCCGACGCCGACAGGCUCAGCAGCUUCCUGCCGCAGAAGUACGGCAAGCCCAAGGACAAGGAGUCCAAGCCUGAAGCGAGUGAUUCUAAAAAGGCCAAGGACGACAAGUUCAGCUUCCUGCCCCAGAAGUACAGCUCCAACGCCGACGAGGACGAGAAGCGUCGUUUGCAGGGCCACGCGCCGAGCCCCAGCGGCAGCUCGCACAAGUUCGACCCCUCCAAGUAUCUGGAACACCCGGGGCAGUCUGUGAAGUCGUACAUUUCCGAUCAAAAGGACCGUCACAAGAUGAAGAAGGAGCAGCUGGAGGAGGACCUGGCCUAUGGAAAGUUGCCUCCGCAGGAAGCUGCUGCAGCCGGCCUCGGAUCGUCCUAUGUGCCUCGUCCGUCGUCGCAGGUGGGAGACAGGCCACAGUCAUCACUUCACCCCGGACACGACGACCCACGUUGGUACCGACCUACAAGCCCGGCCGCCAGUCAGGCUGAUCCGAGGAGACCCCAUCGAGACUCCUUCCACGGGGAAGAUCCUCGAAGCUCUCAGCCCAAUGUGUAUACUGUGGAGCCGCCGCGAAGCAGCAGAGACCGAGACCGAUCUCAUGAACGCAAGCGUGACAAGUCUCGCGAUCGUGGGUUCCUUACGGUGGAUGGUCACCGCAGGGAUAAGUCCAGGGACAGGUCAAGCGAUAGGUCAAGAGACAAAUCAAGAGACAGGUCAAGAGAUAGGUCGAGGCACAGGUCGAGGCAUAGAUCCAGAUCGAGGAGCAGGUCCAAGGAGAGAACCAGCGAUAAGAAGAGCAGUCGCCAUGACAAGUCUCCGGCGCCAUCCUCUCGAAUGUCCAAGUUGUCACUUGGCACGGGAGCCGCCACCUUAGGUGUUGCUGGCAUGGCCAUGGCGGGCGGAGCAUCGCCGCUGCUUGAAGCAUACCGUGGUACCUACCAACAGUCCUCGCCUAUGCCAUCGCCUCUUCUUUUGCCGACGGGCCACCCAUCUGACGUUGAGCCGCUCUCGCCUAUCGCAUCAGAUGAUGACGCAGAAAGGAGACGCAACAGACGGGCUCGAUUCCAUUGCGCUGAAGAUAGCGCUGAGCGUCUGGCAAAGGCCCUCAGGGGCGAGGGACCCCCAGACAAGGAACCACUCAUCGAGAUCCUUCCUAGCAUGACCCACGAGCAGGUGAUGGAGCUUCGUGUUCAGUACAAGCAAUUGGUCAAGACGGGAUCGCAUCGGAAAGGCGUUAAUAUCGCAAAGCACAUCCGAGCCCGUCUUAAGGAUGAGAACCCCAACCUCAUGAAGGCCUGUUACGCAGUGGCACUGGGCAUGUGGGAGAGCGAAGCCUACUGGGCCAACUUCUGGUACCAUGGUGACAAGACGCGCCGAGAAUUGCUCAUAGAGUCACUCAUGGGCCGAACCAACGAUGAGAUUCGCUACAUCAAGGAUGCCUUCACUGAUAAAAAGUACGACGACAGUCUGACCAAGUGUAUGAGGGAAGAGCUCAGGGAAGACAAAUUUAAGAAGGCGGUCAUGAUGGUGCUUGAUGAACGCAGGAUGGACGAAUAUGACUCUCACGGACGUAGAGUACCUGUCGACAUGCAGUUGGUUGACGACGAUGUGGAAGCCCUACGCAAAGCUAUUAAAGCAGAGAAGGGAGGCGAAAGCUUGAUGAUUUCGGUUGUCGUGACAAGAAGCGAUUCUCACCUCCGCGAGAUCUUGAACGAGUACGACCAUCGCUACCGUGCCAAUUUUGCCCGCGAUGCUCUCAAGAAGAGUGGCAACCUCGUGGGCGAGCUCCUGGCUCAUAUCCUGAACGGCGUGAUCAACCGUCCUGUGCGUGAUGCACUCCUUCUGCACCAUGCGCUCACUGCCUCCCGAAAGGAUGAGCUUAGACACGAACUACUCACCUCGCGCUUGGUACGCCUACACUGGGAUGCGACGCACAUGGCUGCUGUGCGCCACGCGUAUAGAUCGCGGUACAACAAAUCACUCCAAGAUGCUGUAAAAGAGGCAACCUCUGGCCACUGGGGUCAGUUCUGCCAGGAGCUCUGCAUUGCCAGGGUCCCGAACGACGUCCGGAGGUUUGAAAAGGUUGCAUUUAGUUCCAGGUAA